UGAUACUUGCGGACGUUCAUUGCACCUUGCGCACCGGCUUCCUUCUUCGGCGAUCCCGCAUCGAUUUUUAACCGCGGAGCGCACUCCAGUCAUGAACCGGUUGUUUCGUUUCCAGUUCCCGUAGAUCACGUAGAUAGAGUUUUAAAGGAGGUAUUAUCCCAUUUUGGAAGUGUAAAUUAUUUGGACUUUGGAUAUUUUUAGGAAGAUGGAUAUCUUUAAAUAUGUACAAUGCGUGAUUCUGUGGAGUUUAAACGUCGUGGCAAUUGGUACGGCCGCCCCUCUGCCGGGCGAAGGAAUUAGUUUAAUCGACUUCCUCAUGGCUUCCUCGGCCAAGAAUGUACAGAGGAUAUCUUUUGGGCCUGACGACGGUCUGCGUUAUAGAAAAAGCUACGAGGAGAAAUACGGUCCUCGAGGCAGGGACUUGGUCGCCAUGCUAGGCCAGGGUGACGUCAAUGUUGGCUCUGGAGGAUAUUUCUCUUUUGGGAAAAACAGGGAAAAAGCGAAGGUGAAACGCAACAACCAGACCCAAAGAUCACAAAAAGCAAUAUCAUCAACAACGACGACUACAACAGAAAAUCCAACGGAUGUAUCUAAAGAAACGACGUGAUGUGAUCAUUUCAAAAUCCAUACAUCUUUCUCUGAUCUCCAGGAAGUCGCAAAGAGGCUGGUAAGGUGAUGUUAGGGGUGUCUCUUCGACCAUGACCUAAAUUCGAUUGAAAAGGCUCUUCUCUUUGAGUUCAGUAAAUUCUUUCAGAGACGAAAGCUUCAUUACAAAAUCGAUGAAAAAUUCUGCCGUGCUAACGCAAAGCGCCGCACAGUGGAUCGAGUCAAUAAGAGAUGUUGGACAAAAUUUAAAACUUUAA